AUGGAAUUCACUGCUUUGGCCGACCUCAAACCAUUCAUGACAGAUGCUCGUGUACAAGUAAAGGUUCUCCAUACCUGGAAGCAAUACACAAAACUUUCAGGAGAAUCAUUGGAAAUCGUUUUAUCUGAUGCACAAGGAACAAAAAUUCAAGCCUCCUGUAAGAAGACUUACCUCGAUAAGUUGACAAGGAAACUUCCAAAUGUGCUUGUUGUUGGAAUGUGGAGAAACCUCGAAAAAUUCAACAUCACUAACCCUGGUGUUUCCUUCAGAUCUACCAAACACCAAUACAAGAUCAACUUCAUCUAUGCCACUGAUAUCACUCCAUCAGCAAUCAAAAACGACAACAUGUUUCUGAGUUUGGUGGAUUUUGAAACUAUUGAGAAUGGAGUGGAAGAUCCAAACAUCUUAAUUGAUGUUAUUGGAGAAGUGUCUGAUUUGGGAGCUCUACAGACUGUUCAGUGCUCGGGAAAACCAAAAAAGAAAAUCGAGUUCAGUUUGACAGAUCUUGUUGGCCGUAGGAUUAAUUGCUGUCUGUGGGGAAAGUUUGCUGAAAACACUAAAGCUAACUGUGACGAGGCUGGUGAAGAUUCAGUUAUAUGCCUCCUACGUUUUGUGAAAGUUGGCACCUACAGAAAUCUUUGCUUAAGUGAUGAUGAAAAACAACAAUUUGCUCUUCUUGAGAUUGAAAAGAUUUUAAAGAGCAAUGGAUUUUCUUUAGAGCAGUGGGAAUCUAUGCCAAAGCCAGCUCCAGAUAUAGUUGGGAAUGACAAUGUGUUGAUUGUAGAUGAGUUGAGUUAUGAUAGGGAGAAGCUACAAGCGGAGCAUGACCGAGACGUUGGUAAACUCACAGAGGAGCAAAGAAAUAUAUAUGGAGAGAUUGUUGAUGCUGUCGUAAAUGAUAAAGGAGGUGUCUUCUUUGUUUAUGGAUUUGGAGGAACUGGUAAAACCUUCAUGUGGCGAUUGUUGUCUGCAGCCAUUAGAUGCAGGGGAGAAAUUUGCUUGAACACUGCAUCAAGUGGGAUAGCUUCUCUUUUGUUACAAGGAGGAAGGACAGCUCAUUCAAGGUUUGGAAUACCAAUAACCCCAGAUGAGUUUUCUACUUGCACACUUAUUCCAGGAAGUGAUCAAGCUAAUUUGGUGAAAGCUGCUUCUCUAAUCAUAUGGGAUGAAGCACCAAUGAUGAGCAGACACUGUUUUGAGUCUUUGGACAGGAGUAUGAAAGACAUUUUGGGGAACAAGGACAGCAGGCCUUUUGGUGGAAAGGUGGUUGUGUUUGGAGGCGAUUUCAGACAGAUAUUGCCUGUCAUACAUGGUGGUGGACGAACAGAAAUUGUUAUGGAGUCCCUUAAUAUGUCAUAUUUAUGGAAUCAUGUCAAGGUUAUGAAGCUAACCAAGAAUAUGAGGUUACUUUCUGAAAAUCUGUCUGCUGAAGAAGCUAAGGAAUUAAAGGAAUUUUCAGAGUGGAUUCUAGAUGUUGGAGAUGGAAAGCUAGGAGGAGAUAAUGAUGGAGAAGUUGUAAUCAGUAUCCUAGAGGAGUUUCUUAUUACUGAUGGAGAUGAUCCAAUUGAAUCAAUUAGCAAAGCAGUGUAUGGGGAUGUUGUUUCCUUACAACAGAAUAGAGAGCCUAAGUUUUUCCAAGAAAGAGCAAUUCUAUGUCCCACCAAUGAAGAUGUCAAUAGGAUUAACCAGCACAUGUUGGAUAAACUACCAGGAGAAGAAAGAAUUUAUUUAAGCUCUGACUCGAUUGAUGCUUCUGAUAGAUUUUCCCGAUCAGAUCAGGCUCUAACUCCCGAUUUCUUAAACACCAUCAAGGUUUCUGGUCUGCCUAAUCAUAGUAUUCGCUUGAAAGUCGGAUGUCCGGUGAUGUUGCUUCGAAAUAUCGACCAUACAAACGGCUUGAUGAAUGGCACCAGGCUUCAGAUUACAGAGAUGGAUGAUUUAAUGGUAAAGGCGAAAGUCAUCACAGGAGAAAAGGUGGGAAAAACUGUGGACAUUCCUAGACUUUCUAUUACACCUUCUGAUAAAAAAUUGCCUUUCAAGAUGAGGAGGAGGCAACUGCCUAUUGCAGUGGCUUUUGCAAUUACCAUUAACAAGAGUCAGGGUCAAUCUCUAUCUCAUGUUGGUUUGUAUCUACCUAGAGAUGUAUUUUCUCAUGGGCAACUAUAUGUGGCUGUUUCAAGAGUAACAUCAAAGAAGGGAUUGAAGAUUUUGGUUGUUGAUGAUCAAGGAAAGCCUAAGCGUGAGACAAAGAAUGUUGUUUUCAAAGAGAUCUUUCAGAAUCUCUAA